CACCAGAAUAAUUACCAGUAAAUUGAACUUUCCGCAACGACAUCAGCCCACCAAUCUCCAAUAUGACUUCCCUCUACGACCAAUCCAUCCCGGUGCUAAUCAAGUACCUCAACAACCUCUCUGCCAUCCUCGAUAAGUCCAUUGCCUAUGCCGAUGAGAAGGGCAUCGCUCACGAGGAGCUCCUCACCGCUCGCCUGAGAGAUGACAUGAAGCCCCUUCCUUUCCAAAUCCAGGCUAUGUCCAACUCCUCCAAAUUCCUCUGCGUCCGCGCCUUCGGCAUAGAGAACAUUGUCCUAGAUGACAACGAGGCAACCUUCCCCGAGCUCCGCGCCCGAAUUGCCAAGACGAUCGAGAUCCUCCAAUCCGUGGACCCGGCGAAGAUCGAUGCGAAGAAGGCUGCCGAGGAGCCUAUCAUCAUGCAGUCGAAGAUGGGCGACUUCAGGUUCGAGAGCGGGCAGGCGUAUCUCAGUGAAUUUGUCAUCCCGAACUUUCAUUUCCAUUUGUCGACGGCGUACUGCAUCUUGAGGCACCUGGGUGUGCCGUUGGGUGCUAUGGAUUAUUUUAGCGGUGUCUUCCACAAGGUUUAGAUUUGCAACCUUAGGUUCGGAAAAUGCACAUCAUGCGUGUCAUGAUUGUGGCUGUUGAGAAUCAAAACAAUUAAACUCUUGUUGUCCUCUAUUUAUAAAAGGCCGUAAUUGUAGCUAGUUAUCUACGUUAGGUUCCCCUCCGCAAUGGCGAGGAAGAGUUUGGCUUUGAACACCCAUUAAAUAAGUAGGAUAUCAAUAUCAUGAAUAGGUUCGUACUCUCCAAUAGAAAGGUAGGUUCGGCCCUCCUCUUAUCCCAGACAUCUUCUAGAGCUGGUAAGAUCC